AACGAACAUGAUGAAUGGCAAUCGAUUUCAUUUUAUUGGCCAUAGCUAUGGAGCUUAUAUAAUAAACGAAGCUGCAAGAUAUAUAUUCGAAAGAGAACCACAAAAUAAAAUCCGAAGACUGACUUUCUUGGACCCAGCUAUUGUUCCUAUCAAAGAUGGUGAUCCUGCAAGAAAAUUCAGAGCCGAAUAUGCUCAAUUUACUGACGCCAUUCAUGGGGACGCAGGAAGAUGCUUCCCUGUCAGCUUAGGAUUAUUCAAUACUUUUGGACAUGCUGAUUUUUACCCAAAUGGAGGUGCUUUUCAAAUAUCUUGCUACUCUUACGCAGUGACAUCUUUAUUAAAAGGAGAUUUUUUUUACGCUUUGGCCUCAUUCAUAUACCCUCCACUAUGCUCACAUCUGCAAGCAAUUCAGUAUUUUAAAGUAUCGAUCAACCAUCCUCAGGGCUUGUACAUUGGAGCUGAGUGCAAAGAUUUCCAGAGCUUCCUGUCUGGUGAUUGCUACAGAUGUUGCAAAAAAGACUUUUCAAAGUGCGCAGUAAUGGGAAUGGAUGCCGAAAAAUAUUUUCCUCAUUUGCAUGAACCUAAAAAAAACAGGAUUUAUUUCCUAAACUUGGGUUUGGAAUGUCCAUACAAUGAAGAUUACGAAUUCAGUGUUUUCCGUGACUGCUAAGGAAAAUAUUUUUUGAGAAACUCAACUAUGGCUUAGAUUGAUGUGUGUAAGUUACUACUAUUUAAGAAAAUUGUAAUGUUUUAUAUAAUAUGACAUUUUGUUAUGUAAUUUAAUUUAUAAUAUGUAAUAUUAUGAAUUAUGUAAUUUCUGGUAUUGAAGUGUAUUCUUAUUUAGAAUAAAGUGCAUCUAAUUAUA